AUGAGCAAAGAAGAAAAAGAUAUCGUCUCUAUUGCAUCUGAGACCCCAUCUCCUCCACCUGUCCCAGAAAAGAAAAAAUUCCGCUGGACAGUUAGUGAUGACCAUUCACCACCAGAAAUAUACAACUGGACUUUGUACCUCUCCGUGCUUGUGUUUGGUAUUUUAGGUUCUGCGAGAGGUCUUGAUGAAGGUACAGUUUCUGGAUCUUUAGCUCAAGUUUCUUUCAAGAAAACUUUUGGUCUUUCAGAUGAGAACAAAACUGAAGAUCAAAUUGCUAAUUUGAAAUCAAAUAUUGCCUCAAUGGUUCAAUUAGGAUCCAUUGGUGGUUCAAUUUUGGCUAUGUACACUGUUGAUAAAUUAGGUAGAAUCAGAGCUUUACAAUUGACUUGUAUUAUCUGGGUUAUUGCUGCUGCCAUUCAAGUAUCUUCUAAGGAAGUUGGUCAAUUAUACGCUGGACGUUUGAUUGAAGGAUUAGCUAUUGGUCAGACUACGACUAUUGGUCCAACAUAUAUGUCUGAAGUGGCUCCAAGAGCCAUUAGAGGUCUUUGUGGUUGCGUGUUUGCUGGUGCUGUCUAUUUUGGUAUCAUGAUGGGUUAUUUCGCUAAUUACGGAACUGCUAUCCAUUUAACAGGUGACAAGCAGUGGAGAAUCCCAACUUCUUUAAAAAUUGUAUUUGCCACCGCUAUUUUCUUUGGUUCAACGUUUUUAUGUGUUGAAUCUCCAAGGUGGCACAUGAAAGUUGGUAACCCUGAUAAGGCUGCAGAAAGUUUAGGAAAAUUACGUGGUUUACCUGUUGACCAUCCAUACGUUGUUGGUGAAAUCUCUGACAUCAAUGAACAAAUUGAAACCGAACGUAGGGAAGUUGCUGGAAACAGUAUAUUCUCCUUGUUUAAGGAAGUCCUUUUUGUUUCAUCUGUUAGGUAUAGAUUUUUCAUGUGUGCUUGUAUGGCUCAAUUAUUGGGUCAAUGGUCGGGUGCAAAUGCUAUAACAAUCUAUUCCCCUGAAUUGAUGGCUAUGAUUGGAGUAACUGGUACUGACAAGUUAAAAUGGACUGCUAUCCUCGGUGUUGUGAAAUUUGUCUCCGCUUACUUAGGUGCUUUCUUCAUUAUUGAUUUCUUGGGUCGUAGAAGAGCACUUUACAUUGGUAUUACUUUGCAGUUACUUUGUAUUUUGUAUUUUGCUAUAUACUUAACUUUGGUUCCUGAAGCUGAAGUUGAAGAUGCUGUGUUAACAACUUCUCAAAUUCAUGCUGGUAAGGGAGCGUUAGCCGCGCUUUAUCUUUCUGGUACUGGUUGGACCUUAGGUUUCAACUCCGUUCAGUAUUUAAUUGGUUCCGAGAUUUUCCCAUUAAAGGUUCGUUCGUUCGCUCAAAGUUGGGUUAUGGUUUUCCACUUUGCAUUACAAUAUUCAAAUUCCAAGGCUUUGCCAAAGAUGAUGAUUGCUAUGAACAAUAGUGGUGCUUUCUUCUUCUUCGUUGGUGUUUUAAUCCUUGCUUUACUUUGGGCUUGGAUCUUUAUUCCAGAAGUUUCUGGUCGUUCAUUGGAAAGUAUGGAAGAAAUUUUCUCCUUGCCAUGGUACCAAAUUGGUAGAAAGGGUGCUCAAUUAUGUCCAGAUUAUUCAGAAGUUAAUAAGAUUUCUUAUCACAAAGAGAAUGCAGGCCAAGCGGGUGAGAUUCAAUACGAUGAUCAUCAUUCCAAAGCUUCUGCUGAGCAUAUUGAAAGAAGAUAG